AUGCGUUCAGUGAAGAGUGACAAAUUGUCGUAUUUCACUGCACCACCUCCACCAGAGCCUCCGGUCGACUACGAGGACGAACGCAGGGCUCAACUAAAGUCGGCGGCCGCGAAAGUAACAACGGUUGAUACGACGACGAAUAGCAAUCAAACGCCAAAGAGAAAUAAUGCUGCCGAUAACGUCGGGUCGAGGAAAUCACCGCACAGACAAACGGUGACUCGAAAGACGCGUAUUUAUAUGGUUGAUGGUGUGCAGGUGACGUCAACAACACAUCAAGUUUUCGGCGUGAAGCAAGACUAUGAAUUGAGAAAGCAACAGUUGCAUGAUUUGCGUCGAUUGCAAAGAGAGGAGGCUCGUCAACUGAGAGAACUGCAUACGAAAGCUGAUUCGCAGCGAAAUGAACAAGCAAAACGAUUUGCGAUCGAGAAGGAGAAUAUAAUCAAGUCAUCAGAUCUAGAAUUGCAAGCGUUAGCACGAACACAAAAACAUCAAAUGAAGGAAGCGGAAGAUUCACACACCGAAGAUAUGAAGCAAACACAGAAGAGAAUUCAAUAUGAACAGGAAAGGAAUUUGCGUGCUUUUCGAGAAUCGUUAAAACACGAGCAGAAACAUCUGAAGAUGGAGGUUGACGCGAUGCCGAAAGCGCAGCGAAAAGAUUUAUUCCGAGUUAGAAAAGAUGAACUGGAUAGAGAUCAAAUGCGUAGGGAAGGUGAAUUCUUGGAACGGCAACAAGCUGAACAAGAGAUCACAUUGAGAAAGGUACAACUCGCACAUAAACUACGCAUUUUGCAAUUAGAAAAGAAAUUUCAACAGCAAAAGCAUGCAGUUCUUAGAUCGAGAGAAGCGUCUGAAUGGGAUAUGGAAGAAAAGCAAACUUUGGAACGUCAUAUUCUUUACAAGCAAGAACUUAAGGAUCGUUUCUAUUUACAGCGUACGCAAAUGCUUGCAAGACAUCAACGAGAAUUGGAGCAUAUGCGUAAGGUGAACGAGAUGAACGAAGAUGAAGCACAACGCAAUUAUGCAGUCUAUAAGAAACGACUGCCUAAGGAUUUCCGUACUGAGUCAAAAACGCGUAUUGCCAUGUUCAAAGAGAGUCUACGCAUAUCUUGUCAAGGUGAAGAUUCGUCGAUAAUCAACGAAAAAAUGCGAGCAUUUGAAGAGAAAGAGAAGAUGCGUGUAAAGAAUGCGAUGAAUGAUCACGAGUUGAAAGCUGAACGUAAACUCAGGGAACUGCGUGCCAAAAAUCAAGCUGCAAUUAAAGAGCUCGAAGAACUGCAUAAUGAAAAGCGAAAAAUGUUAUUGGAAGCCGAGCAGAGUAAAUUGGAAAUCUAUGAGAAGGAAUAUGAACAGGUUGUGGCUGACUGGAAGGCCAAGUUACCACUUCGUAAACAGGAAUUAGAAGCACAAUUCGCGAAAGAGUUAGACGAAUUAGAUGCGUUUUAUCGUCGUGAUAAUGCAGAACUACAAGCGAUAACAUCGCAACCCUUUGCGAAUCAGUCUCUGUUCUGA